AUGUCAAAUCAUGAGCCAAAACCGAAACGAUCAAAAUUCAUUGACUCAUGGUUUAAAAGAACAAAUGUUGAGUCGCCAAGUUCAAAUGUGGUUUCUGAACCUUCCAUAUCCUCUCCAAAUAUUGAUGUUGAACCCCAACCUUCCAUUCCUGAACCACAAAAUAAUGUCAACGCUUUUGAACGUGAUCCUGGAUUACGUUGUGCCAUAUGGAAAUAUCCAGAUCCAGUGAAUGAGCGGGAUAGUAUUCGAAAAGCCUAUGUUUUGUUGGGUCCAUUUCAACUUGAGUUAGAAUUUCCAUUCACUGAAGAAGGGAGUCAACAACGUAGAUUUCAGUUUUCUUGGUUCAAGGACAAUCCAUGGCUUGAAUAUUCAAUUGCUCUUGAUAGGACGUAUUGCUUCCCUUGUUUUCUAUUUGACACUAAAGAUUCUCACUAUCCAGCAUUCACCGUUGAUGGGUUUAAGGCUUGGAAGAGGGUUUUGGUGGUGAUAAUAUGUUGA